AUGAGAUUCUUACCUUUUAUAAUACCCCUUGCAUACGCCAUUCAAUGGUUUCCGUUGGACUCCAAGGGUGAGCUUCCUCGAUACGAACCUUACAUUCAUGGACAGGAAAUUGCAUUUGAUUGUAUACAGCGUAAUAUCGAUAACGGUGAACACAAGUUUGAUCAACAAAAUAAAAUAGUUUACGGACCCUUUCCAAAAUGUGAGGAAACAUCAAAGCCAUUGAGCUUUAAAUAUGGAGUCAAUGAGGAUUUUAAUUGUACCAUCCAGUUUACCGAUGAGUUGUUUCAUUUGUUUCAGUUAUACCUUCAUGAAGAUGUCCCAUUCAGUUGCAGAUUACCAUUGAGUUCAGAGGUUACAUCGAUAGAAAAGGGCGGUGCAUACGUGCCGUUCACCUUUGGCUUUAGGGGAACCCUCACCGACUCACAUAUAGAUGUCGACCAUUCAAUGAACGUGUUGAUCACGAAACCGACUAGUAACGAUCCAGAUCAAAAUACAUUCAUAAGUGCAGUAGCCUAUGGAUCAGGGACAAACACUACUAGGAUAGUCAUUGGUGAUAAGCUUACGUUGAAUUUUGCUGUAAGAUGGUUAGAUCUGUUGCAACCUAAAGGAUUAACGAAAAGAGGUAAUGGCUUGCCCUACGACGAUGGCUUUUACAAUCACAUACAACUGGAUUAG